GGAUGGAGGUGCCCCCCAGGCCCGGCCGGCGCGGCGGGCGCCCGGCCCCGCGGCUCCUCGCCGCGCUCUGCCUGCUCGCUGCCCACGGCGGGGCGGCGGCGUUCCUGGUGACGGCGCCCUACGGGCUCUGCGUCUGCCCGGAGGGGCAGAACGUCACGCUGACGUGCCGCGUCAGCGGGCCCCUCGCCGACCGCCACGACCUGCUCUACAAGACCUGGUACUUCAGCGGCGACGGCGACCAGAGCUGCUCCGACAAGAGGCACGUCCGCAACGCCACCGACAGGGAGCUGCGGCACGAGCCGGGCCGGCGCCGCGGGCCGCCGGCCAACGGCACCGGCGCCCCGCCGCACCCGCACCCGCACGGCGUGGAGCUCCUCCUCGACCGCCACGGCGCCUUCCACAUCGUCGUGACGAACCUGACGCCGGGCGACAGCGGGAAUUACUGCUGCUACGCGGCCGAGGCGCACCGGGAGCACAGCAAGCUGCACACGCGGCGGGUGGCCCACGGCGUGGUGGAGCUGCGCAUCCGGCAGGGCCGAGGAGUGCCGCAGAACUGCACCUUUCACGCCGCCGCGGGCAAAGAUAUCACGGCCGCCGCACUGGCGACGGGGGCCUGCAUCGUGGGCAUCCUCUGCCUGCCCCUCAUCCUGCUCCUCAUCUACAAGCAGAGGCAGGCGGUCAGCAACAGGCGCGCUCACGAGCUCGUCCGGAUGGAGAGCAGCGCGCAGGGCAUCGAAAACCCCGUCUUCGAGGCCGUGCCCGGCGGCGGCGGCGGCGGCGGCGCCGAGACGUGGCCCCGGGCGCCGCUCGCCUACGCGCCCGCCCGGCAGGCGUCCGAGUCCGGCCGGCACCUGCUCUCCGAGCCCAGCACCCCGCUGUCGCCGCCGGGCCCCGGCGAAUGCUUCUUCCCCACGCUGGAUCCCGUUCCCGACUCCCCGAACGCGCUGACGGCCUAGGGACGCCGGGGGGCUCACGCCGCGCGGGAUCCCUGCCCGCCGCCCGCUCCGGGCCCUGCCCCGGCCGACGACGCGACCCUCUCUCCCGUGGGUUUCC